AUGGCCGACGUCCCCCUCCAAGUAAUUUCCGACAAUGCGGCCUCCGAGCGACGCAUUACCCCCUCGUGGUCCAUCAGCCAGCUGAGGGCCAAGCUGGAGCCGAUCACGGGCAUCCCGCCCUCAUCUCAACUCCUCAGCCUCCAUACGGGGACUACGAAGGUGACUAUCGAGGCCCCUGAUGAGGAUAGCACGCGCCUCUCUAUUUUCAACCUCACCCCCUACGCAGAACUACAUGUGACAGAUACCCGCCCCCCAGGGGCACGUCCAAACUACACAGACACAACAGACGUAGAGAAGUAUGUUAUGCCUGAGGAGGAGUACGAGAAGAAGACGGACUCCGUGCUGGCCUGGAAGAAGGCGCAGAAGCUGGGUCGCUUCGACCCCAACGCACCCAACCUCGAGCAGGCGAGACUUGCCGCCCUGGAGCAGGAGAUCGCCCAGCGGGGGAUCGAAGCUGGCAAGCGGUGCCGAGUUGGCGGUGAUGACCUCAGGAGGGGCACGGUCAGAUAUGUCGGUGAGGUCAAGGAGAUCCCUGGGGGCGCUGGACCCUGGGUUGGCGUCCAUCUCGACGAGCCGGUCGGGAAAAACGACGGGAGCAUCUCCGGCACCCGCUACUGGGGCCAGGAGUCGCAGCUCAAGCAUGGCGUCUUUGUGCGUCCGGAACGGGUAGAGAUCGGUGACUAUCCCGCCAUUGAUGACCUGGAGGACAUGGAGGAGAUCUGA